AUGUUCUCAUCGCUUGGAAAGUACCCAUAUGAUUAUCAGGAUUUGCUUUAUGAGUGUUCAUAUGCCCUUGAUUGCAGUGCUCUACACAUAUCGGCUCGUAACAAGCAGAAUUUUGCCCUACGAACAUUGCUGACGGCAUUACGUGAAAGCUGUGCCGCCAACGAUGUGGCACAGGUUGUGAAUGCACAAAAUCUACGUGGACAAACACCACUGCAUUGUGCCGUACGAGCGGGCGAUGCAGACUGUGUGCAUUACCUGCUGAAUGCAGUGUACAACGAUGCAAUAUACAAAGAAAUAUUGGAACAGAGUCAUUUCGACAGUUCCGAACAACAGCACAACGGUCAUACUGCAGAAAGUGUUCGUGCUGAAUCGUCGUCUCCCCAAACAGCAGCAUCGGCAACAACACCAGAGAAUCCAUUAUCAGCAAAGAAUGCUAGUGGCUAUACACCAGCACAUAUUGCGGUGCAAAAACUAAAAUUAGGUCUGUUGGAGGCGCUUGUUGAAGUUGGUGCACCGUUGGAUACACCGGAUGAACACGGUGAAACACCGCUCAUUUGCGCACUUCUCAUGGAUGACAUCGACACGGCAUCCCUCCUUAUAUCGAAUAACUGUAAUCCGAACGCCGUUUCGAAAGACAAUGAUACACCGUUAGGUAUCGCAUGCCGGAAGAAGAAUCUUGUCUUGAUUGGACGCCUCAUUGAUGCUGGAGCCGAUCUGGAAAUGCCCGACAAAUGUGGUAAGAAAGCAGCAGAAUACGGUGAUGAGGAUGAGGAUGUGAAGAAGAUAUUGGAUGGUGAACGGAUACAAACUGAGGAGACGUCGUCGGCACUACAAGCGAAUGAUGCUCUUGCAUCGGAAGCAACUGCAUCGCACGGCAACGAUUCUGAAGAUGAUGCUCUGUUAUCCUAUCGAAUACGUUCACUUAAUACAGAUGAUAUCUCAGCAAUGGACUAUUUGACGCGAUUACGGUUAGCGAAGCUUUUGGAUUCAGACGAGAAAUGGAUCAUUUUAGCCGAUCAUUUGGGAUGUGGUCAUAUGGUUGAAUUUAUACGGGUUUGCACCGAUGAAACUUCAUCACCAACAAUGAUCCUUCUGGAUCAAUAUGAGGUUUUUCGUGGAUCUUAUGCUCUGAGUCUAGCAUCUACAGUUGUGACUUUCAAAUGCCGUAUUGCGUACGCGUAA